AUGGUGCAAUAUCUUGUUGGAAGAGCAUUGGACCCUUUAUUGGGUAUCGCAACGGGUGUAUUUGCCUAUUACAUCUACGAAACCGAUCCACGAAAUGCAUCACAAAGACCUGCCGGUAGAAGUUUAAGUGAACUGGCAACGAGGUAUAUCAACAACGAGAAGCCACAGUUCACGUUGUAUACAGGGCCAAACCCAUUAGGUGAUCGAAUCGAUCGUUCGGACAAAAAGGCUGUUUAAUUUGAACGAACGAAUGUACACUAUACCAACACAACAAAUGAUACACGUAUGAUCAAUUUUGACUGAAAGUUUUUGAAAAGAGGCUACACAGAAGAUGACAUGAUACAAAGGAAACAGAGAAAAAAAGAAUGAAAAAAUUUGCAU